UCCGUCUCUUUCUUUCUUACCUCGUGUUCCCAUUCCUGUUCACUCUGUCUUGUGUCACUUUUUUUUUUGUCUUUCUGUAUUUUUGUCUUUCUCAUGUCAGACAUACAUGCUCAUCUCACUCAGACACAUAAUCUUGGUCACACAGGAUCUCACAUUCACUAGUCUUGUAUCUUUCUCCUCUCCUGUUUUCAUGCUUGGAUUUUGGCUCCUGCUCCUCCAUCAUAGCUACUGUAUUCUGCAUUUAUUCCCUGGUUCUACUCACUGCGUCAGGAAUCAGCAGCAGACUGAGAGGCUCUGAUCAGUGAUAAACUGUACCCUGUGGUUCUGUUCAAAGAACACCAUCCCUGGCAGGCUGGCCACACCCCUUCCCUCCUGCCUCCAUGUAUCCUGAAUCUACCACAGACUCCCCUGCUCGCCUCUCCCUCCGACAGACUGGCUCACCGGGCAUGAUCUACAGCGCUCGUUAUGGGAGCCCCAAACGACAGCUGCAGUUCUACAGAAACCUUGGAAAGUCGGGCCUGCGGGUGUCCUGCCUUGGAUUAGGAACAUGGGUGACAUUCGGUGGACAGAUAACGGAUGAGAUGGCAGAGCAGCUGAUGACUCUGGCUUAUGAAAAUGGCAUCAAUCUGUUUGACACAGCAGAGGUCUAUGCUGCUGGGAAGGCAGAGGUGGUGCUCGGCAACAUCAUAAAGAAGAAAGGGUGGAGACGUUCAAGUCUGGUGAUAACAACAAAGAUCUUCUGGGGUGGAAAAGCGGAGACUGAAAGGGGUUUAUCCCGAAAACACAUUAUAGAAGGUUUAAAGGCCUCUCUAGAAAGACUGCAGUUAGACUAUGUGGAUGUGGUUUUUGCGAACAGACCGGACCCUAAUACACCUAUGGAAGAAACGGUUCGAGCAAUGACCCAUGUGAUAAAUCAAGGCAUGGCCAUGUACUGGGGAACAUCCCGCUGGAGCCCAAUGGAGAUAAUGGAAGCGUACUCUGUGGCGCGACAGUUCAACCAGAUUCCUCCCAUCUGUGAGCAGGCUGAGUAUCACAUGUUCCAGAGAGAGAAGGUGGAGGUGCAGCUACCUGAGCUCUUCCAUAAGAUAGGUGUGGGGGCCAUGACAUGGUCACCACUGGCCUGUGGGAUCAUCUCAGGGAAAUACGACGGCAGGGUGCCUCCCUACUCUCGGGCCUCUCUGAAGGGUUACCAGUGGUUGAAGGACAAGAUCUUGAGUGAGGAGGGCCGGCGUCAGCAGGCGAAGUUGAAAGAGCUGCAGGCAAUCGCGGAGCGGCUGGGCUGCACUCUGCCCCAACUCGCCAUCGCGUGGUGCCUACGGAACGAGGGGGUGAGCUCUGUCCUUUUAGGGGCGUCCAACACUGACCAGCUGAUGGAAAACAUAGGAGCGAUACAGGUUCUUCCAAAGUUGUCGUCCUCCAUCACACACGAGGUGGACAGCAUCCUGGGGAACAAGCCGUACAGUAAAAAGGACUACCGCUCCUAACGUGCAGCACGGCCCCGCCCGGCAGGGCUGCACCCGGCCUGCAGCCGCAGUGCCCCACCUUUGCCUGAUCCUCUGUUUGCUUGAGCUUUUACUGAGUGAGACCCUGGCGCAUGAGUCUGGCCACACCAAGGCCACCCAGGGCACCUCAUUUAGAGUUACAGGGAUAAGAUAAGAAAAGGGGGAAAAAAAUACAGUCACCUCCACAGGAAAGGAAAGGAUUGACAAAGAAAGACAAAAGUGGAAGAGGGAUAUGCGCUCAUACUUAAAUCAGUUAUACAUUCAAUUCAGCUGAACGUAUUUUAAAACCAUAGAGAAAAAUACCUUUUUAAAAAAAA